AUGAGAACGGUUCGCAAGAACAUUGCUAAGCUAUGUGACGACCAGGGCUUUGACCUUGAGCCUUUGCGCACGCGAAGUCUGGCGAGACUGGGAGAGCUGGGUUACACAAAGUCGCAUCCGUGGUACCGCACUGUCCAAAACUCCAUUGAAUCAGGCUUCGCUGGAGUGUUGAUGACACUGGUUCCAACCCUCACUCACCUCGAUUUCUGGGUAAAAGAUCAUCAUCGCGGCCCACCGUCAGGCGAGUGUGUCUCUGGGCUCUUUGGGGGUCUGGGCCUUCCAGAUAUCAUCGUCAAGACAUGGGCUAAUCUACAACAUCUCACAACGAGCGAUACGCAUGUGUUGAAGUGUAAUGUUCAGCUCGACAAUCUCAAGAGCCUUGACCUAAAGACAGUAUCCAUUGGCACCGUGCUGCGUCUGAACGGUCCAGGAUGUCUCCAUGGAGCCGAGAACCUUGAAGAUCUAGCUAUGAGCGUCUCAAUGGGGUUUGCGGAUCGCAUCUUGAUGGAUACAACAGAGAUCGAGCUCAGUAGCCUUUUCGAGGCGCUGAGCUGCAACCACCUCCGAAGUCUCAAACUAGUUCUUGUCAACGAUGGCUAUCACGAAGGCCUCCAUGCUCUGGACCCAGGUUUAGGGCUUGACGUGGGAUACUUCGUGGAUCAGAUCGACAGCGUUAAACACAGUCUGGAAAGCCUCACCAUUAUGCUCGAGACGGCGGACGACGAUGUUGCCCUCGAAUUCAGUGUUGACAACAUGAUCAGUCCGAAGUUGUCUAUGAGGCACUUUACUGCUCUAAAACAUCUCGUCGUGCUACAGGCUUUCAUUUGCGAUUUCAACAACGACGACGACUGGGCAGAUAAUUCUUGUAUGCCCGACGAACUACCACAAAACCUGGAGACGCUGGAAAUCAUAUACCCUACUCCACUCAUAGAAGAUGAAGGGGUAGGCAUGCCUGCACAAGUUUUUGAAGAUGAGACGCAGGACACGACUUGGUCGGACUUGUCGGAAGAAGGAAUCGAGACUAAAUAUAAUAGCUAA